GCUUCUCAGGAUCAAUUUCUUCCAACGUCACGACAGCAAUUUUUUCCUCUCCGCUGGACCAACUGGCUGUGGAUUUUAUAUGUGCUUCCAAAGAGAGAGAACAGAGAGAAGAGAGAAGUGGGGGAAGGAAAGAAAUCGAGCUCGGUGGCUAUUUAUUUCAUUUCAUUUUUAAAAGUAUCCCUCUUCGUAUUUAUCCUGUCGCUGGACCAGGCUCUCCAAUGCCUUGGCACUGCCAUGGGAUGUGAAGAUCUCUUAGCCUGGUUGUUUUGACCACCCCCUCCGAUCCCCUCGCUUUGCCCAGUACUCCAAAGUCCACAUAUAUGAGAUGGAAAAUCGAGGGCUGCUAGGCUCCCUUUGUUACCUGAUGCUCAAUGCCCCCUUGCUCUUCAUGGUCCAGGCUACAUUUACAGAAGUUCCUAAAGAUGUGACUGUUAGAGAGGGGGAUGAUAUUGAGAUGCCUUGUGCUUUCCGGGCCAGCGGAUCCACCUCCUACUCCUUGGAAAUCCAAUGGUGGUAUCUUAAGGAACCAGCACGAGAAAUUGCUCACGAAUUAGCCAUCAGUGGCCCCGGCAGCAGAACCAAGGUAACAAAUAAGGAUGCAACAAAGAUCAGUACGGUGCGCGUCCAGGGCAACGACAUCUCCCACCGGCUGCGGCUGUCCGGUGUGCGGCGACAGGACGAGGGCGUGUACGAGUGCCGCGUGUCGGACUACGGCGACGAGGACACUCAGGAGCACAAGGCCCAGGCGCAGCUGCGCGUCCUGGCGCGCUUCUCCCCGCCCGACGUGCAGGCGGCCGAGGCGGUCUCGCACAUCCAGAGCAGCGGCCCGCGCAGGAGUAGCCCGCCCGGCCGAGCCACGGCCGAGCCGCGCCUGGGAGACAAGCGCCUCCUGCCGGCGCAGGGCGAAGCCGCAGCCUCUUCUUCUUCCUCGUCAGCAGCCUCCAUCCCCGCCGCGGCUUCCUCCUCGUCGUCGUCGUCCUCUUCCUCCUCCAACUCCAGCACCACGACUAUCGUGGCGGCGGCGGCGGCAGCAGCAGCAGCAGCGUCGUCGGCCUCGCCUCCGCCGGGCAAAGCCACCAUCCUCCGCCAGCAGCACGGAUCAGGUACUGAGCCAAUUUACGUGACGGAUCCUUUCCUCUAUUCGUUCCUGUUGAUGUUCCAUAAGCUUGUACACUUAUUCUUAGACCACUGAUGGACUUCUUUAUCUGAUAAUCCUCAGCCAAAUGAGAAGGAAACUAUUUAAAACAAAAACAAAAAACACACGGAAAAAGAACCCUCAAUGAGAACUAGAAUCUUAAAGAUGGACAGAAAGAGACUGGAAAAGAAGCAUGAACACAUUCAACAAGGGGAGGGGUAAAGCAUAUUUUUGGGACAUUACACAAAGGUCAGUCACCUGAAAUAAUGCAUCUAAUUUCGAGAUUCUAUGGUAUCAAUGCCCUGUUCCACACAAGGUAGCUAUUAUUUCUCUCCUUUCCAACGUCUUUUUUUCCUAAACCUUUCCUCUGACAAUUAAUUUUGCACGAACUGUUGAACAGUUGCUUUU